UUAAAAUACUUUAUUCCAUAUUUUAAAAGCAGCAGAGAUAAAAGAAAAAAAGUCGUGCAGCUCCGGUGGCCCAGCUACUGUUUAUGACUCUUCCCUCCAACCUGACGCCAACUUUUAUGUCACAUCAUCACGAUUCAGAAUCAAAUUUAGCUGUGAAAAUGAGGUGUAAAUGACCAGCUUUACGAACCCUGGCGUCGUUUGACUCCUGCAGAAUAACGUUUAGGCGGCAUAUUUUGCGUUUUACCUCAGGAAUGUGUUUGGUAGUAAAACUGAAAUUGUGUGUCUCGGUUAUCCAGGAUCGCACUCCAAACUCUUCCCCAGAGAACUGUAAGCACUCUCCGCUGGCUCUCCUGGCUGCCACUUGUAACCGGAUCGGGCAUCACCACGGAUCCAACCCGGCGGAUUUCCUCCAGGUCCCUUACGACCCCACUCUGGGCUCCCCUUCGCGUUUAUUUCACCCGUGGACUAACGAGGGGAACCCCCAGAGCAGCCUGGCCGGCAACUCCACUUUCGGACUAUCCUCCAAGCCCCAGCUCUCCGCGCACAUCCAGAGCUCCUUCACGUCCCACCACGAACUGCCCCUCACCCCUCCGGCGGACCCCUCGUACCCCUAUGACUUCUCCCCCGUGAAGAUGCUGCCUUGCUCCAUGCAGUCCCUGCAGUCCACCUGCCCGCCCACCUACGUCCCCGCCGUCAGCUACGCGGCCCCGACUCCCAUUCCGUCCGCGAUGCCAAGUUUCGUGACGGGACACUCGGGCCUCGUGCACCAGCAGCAGAGACAGUUGUCCCCCAACCCCGGGGAGGACAUUCCGUGGUGGAGCCUCCAGCAGGGGAACCACGUGAGCCACUCUACCUCGCUCGGUCCCCACCGCUUCCAGCUGCAGAGGGGCUUGGUCCUGGGACACACGGACUUCGCGCAGUACCAGACGCAGAUCGCCGCCCUGCUGCACACCAAGUCCCCGCUCGCGACCGCGCGGCGGUGCAGGAGGUGCAGGUGUCCGAACUGCCAGUCGUCCACGUCCAGCGACGAGCCCGGGAAGAAGAAGCAGCACAUAUGCCACAUACCCGGGUGCGGGAAAGUUUACGGGAAAACUUCGCACCUCAAGGCGCACCUGAGGUGGCACUCCGGGGAGCGGCCGUUCGUGUGCAACUGGCUGUUCUGCGGGAAGAGCUUCACGAGGUCGGACGAGCUGCAGAGACACCUGAGGACUCACACUGGGGAGAAGCGCUUUGUUUGCCCGGACUGCUGCAAGAGGUUCAUGAGGAGUGACCACUUGGCGAAGCACGUCAAAACUCACCAGAACAAAAAAAGCAAGUGCCACGACAAGACACUUGACCAUGUGAAGAGAGAGGACAUGAGGAGUAUGUUGUAACACACGUUAGCGUCACCCCACACAGUAGACAAUAAAAAAAAAAAAAAAAAAUAGUGCAAUACAGUCAGUCCUGCAUUAGUUGAAGUACUCAGUGAUCUGCAUUUUUUUAGAGGAUGUCACGUUCAUUUUGUUUGUUGAGUUUCACACCUUGACAAUAGUUUCUAAUGUUGCUGGUCUGUGUAGCACAUUCGUGUAUAUAUACAAAGUUUCGUAAGUUAAUUCUGGGGCCACGGCGAAGCUAUAGCUCAUGAGUUUGAAUACACUGUCUGUAUCAUAUCGAGGAAGACAAGUUUUUCGACUUGUGUUUUGAUCAUUGUCUUCGGUGGAAGAUUUCACUCCCCUGUAAAUCCUAUUUAAUAGCUUUUGUUGAAUGAAAGUGUCUGUUCUCUGCUCCAUACGGGGUGUUUUUAAAAGCAUGCUCUUGAAAAGAUCUGCUAUUGUUGAUAUGACCCAAAUACUGUGUGAGAAUAAAAGUUAUAACGUUUUCCUCA